AUGGAUCAAAGAAAAGAACUGGUUAGUUCAGAGUUAUGCAGGCUCUGUCUAAAAGAAGCUGGGGAAAAAAAAUUGUUUGAAAAGCGAGAUUUGGUAGAAGAUAUUUAUCUAUGUACAGGUGUAAAAAUAACUAAAUCGAAUAACUUGCCUGGAAAGAUAUGUAAACAAUGUUUGAAAACUGUCAGUGAUGCAAAAAAGUUCAGAUUAAUGGUUCAAGAUAAUGAAAUGCACAUGAAAAUAUUAUUUGAUCAUGAAGACUGUGCAACUGAGGAAUUGGAUGAGCUAAGUAAUGAGAAAGACAGCAGCACAUGUACCACACAGAGUGGAUCAUCUAUAGAAGAUAAAGAUACCACUGAUGAUGAUGAAAAAAUAAAUGUACCAAACAUAAGAGAAAAAUCCAUAUUUGAACAUGAUACGAAAAAUCAAAUUGCCGUUAGAAAAGACUUGUUCUACUCUUCAAUUAUGAAUUCUGAGUCGAAAAACUGCACAUUCAUAGAAGGUACGAAAUACGGUAUAUCAAAAACCUCUAUUGUAAACGCGGACAACGAUGUGAAAGUUACAUACACAUGCGCAGAGUGUCCAAAAACGUUCUCAUCAUGGAAGAAAGUAUACUGUCACCAGCGGGUACACAAUAAGACUGUCGUAUGUUCAAGAAAGGAUUGUGGAAAGAAGUUUGCUACAAAGAAUGAUAUGGUGAAACAUAUGAGAACGCAUACGGGCGAACGUCCAUACACCUGCGACAUAUGUGAUAAGGGCUUCACACAGCGAGGUACCCUUAAAAUUCACAAAGAAUCUACUCACUGA